UUGUUUUCAUCGACUGUGUGGCGUUGCAGGUCGCUGAGAAGUGCACUCUCUGAUCGCUAUGCAGACGUAAACUAACAGCUGUCGAUGAGGCCGCCGUCGACGAAAGACUACGGUCCGGUUUAAUCGUCGCGGAGCACUUUCUAAGCGAACAUCAGAGCAUUAUAGCGGCGGUUUAAUUGUUUUUUUUGUGGCCAUGGAUGAGAAGAAGGAGGAGGGGGAAGCGGAGAUCCAGGAACACGGACCCGAGCACUGGUUCUCCAAAUGGGAGCGGCAGUGCCUAGCUGAGGCCGAGCAGGAAGAGCCGAGCGAGGAGGAGACCGAGCCGAGUCAACAAAAACUCUGGCAUCUCUUUCAGAACUCCGCCACAGCCGUCGCACAAUUGUAUAAAGAUAGAGUAUGUCAACAACAGGGGCUUUCCUUGUGGGUUCCCUUUCAAAACGCUGCAACUGCCGUCACUAACCUGUACAAAGAGAGUGUUGAUGCCCAUCAACGGAGUUAUGAACUGGGUAUUCAAAUCGGUCAUCAGCGACGAAAUAAAGAUGUCCUGGCGUGGGUGAAGAAGAGGAGGCGGACUAUUCGACGGGAGGAUCUUAUUAGCUUCCUCUGUGGUAAAGCCCCACCGCCACGUAGCUCCAGGGCUCCACCAAGACUUGCAAUGGUGUCGCCAAGCCGACCCGCAUCGUCGGAGACAAGUUCGUCUGUAGAAACGGACCUGCAGCCUUUCAGGGAGGCCAUUGCCUUGCAUGGUCUAAGUGGAGCCAUGGCUAGUAUCAGUAUGCGCUCUGGAGCUCCUGGUUCACCUACACACCUGAGCGCUAGCUCCACCCCCGGACGCCGCAGAAAUGGUCUCCAUGAUGUAGACCUCAACACUUUCAUUGCCGAGGAGAUGGCUCUUCACCUCGACAACGGAACUCGGAAACGAAGCUCCGCCCAGUGCAAUGAUGUCAUAACAGACUCGCCCACUCACAAACGCAAUAGGAUGAUCUGAGCUCCUAAAAUAAAGCAACAACAGCAAAACAAAUGAGAAAAAUGCCACUCUUCAGUCAUCCUCCCAUCAGGAAAUAAAAGCAGCCAAAUAACAGUGCUCACCACAGCCCAGCACAUUCUCUGAUUGGUCGAAAGAGCCCAGUGAUGUCAUCGGUGGAAGGCGGUGCUCAGUGCAGAGGUUUAAGUGUCCUUUCAUAGGAUUCUGUCUGCAAGCACACAACCCUCAUUCACUAUAUUGCUGUGUGAAUGGAGUGUGUGUGUGUUUAAGAUUGUGUUAUAGGCUGAAUCGAGACUUGUUUGAACGCAGGAACAAGAUAAACAUUUUGUGUGUGCAUGUUCAUAAUGAGCUACAUUUGUUUGAUUGCGUGUGUAUGUGUCUCGUUGUAUGGGAGUACUUGAUGUGUAUGUGAGCAAGAGUCUGAAUUUUGUGUUCGAGUGUGUUUGUGUGGUACCUGCCUCUUCCUCCAGCACCUGUCACUGCCCCAGCUCUGUUACCAUGCUGCGGCUUCAAAUGGCAUCAACACUUAGUUUUAAUAUUAUUGAUCAUGUUAUUCAUUAAAAAAUUUGCCUUCUCUUAAUUCUGCUCUAGUAGCAGGCACAAGUGCUGUGAUAGCCAUGCAUCUGCUGUCAUGCACAUCCGUCAAUCACUCUGUUUUUUUGUCGAUAAUAAUUUUGAGCAUUUAUCUCUUUUUAAUAUUUCCUCUCACUUUUCCCCAGCACCUUUGUCUCCAACAUUAUGUAAUGUAAAUACCCGUAGGUGCUGACAUAGACUUGUGGUACAUAUUGUAAAAAAAAAAGAUAAAAAAAAAAAAGCUGUGCAUAGACCAUUGAAUUGUUAAUGUACAAUAAUGAUUCUUGCAUUAAAGAAUUCAAGCUUUUAACUA